AGCGCUCGUAAAACCGUUUAGGCCAACUGGACGUGAACACUCUGAUAUGCCUCUCGCACCGCCAAUCAACAUCCCGAAAUGGCUCGAGCAGAACAUCCACCUGCUCAAGCCACCCGUGGGCAACUACUGCCUCUACCGCGAGAAGGACUUUACCGUCAUGGCUGUCGGUGGGCCGAACGAGAGGAAUGACUACCACGUCAACGAGACUGAGGAGUGGUUUUACCAGUACAAGGGUGACAUGCUCCUGCGCGUUGUGGACGGCGAGGAGUUCAAGGAUAUCCCGAUCAGGGAAGGGGACAUGUUUUUGCUUCCAGGCAACACUCCACACAGCCCCGUCCGGUUCGCAGACACGAUCGGCAUUGUCAUCGAGCGCGUCCGUCCCGAGAAAGCCAUCGACACGUUGCAGUGGUACUGCCGCGAGCCUGCGCACGCGCAGCUCAAGAUCAUCCACAAGGAGAGCUUCCACUGCACCGACCUCGGUACGCAGCUCAAGCCCGUCAUCCAGCGCUGGCAGCAGAGCGAGGACCUCAGGGUGUGCAAGGGCGCGGACGGCUGUGGUGCGGUUGCGCCGCCGAAGUGAUUCUGCUUGGUGGGCGCCGCUGCGAACGAGGGGAAGGAGGGUGAAGCUUAAGCUAAGCACAAGGAUUUGAACGAGAUGUAAUGUUAUUUUGUAUAUCUAGGAGUGUAGUCGUUUCCUUCUCGUUUCUCAGCUCUUGACGACGAAAGUUUGAUGAAAA